AUGAUUCUAGACGCCGUAGUGGUGAGAAGUGAAAGUUCAUUACCACAACAGGAUUGUUGGCUACUCUACGAAAAAUACGCUGAUUCCUUACCGAUAGCUAAUGAAAUAAGAAGAAAAAGCCCUGCUCCACCGUACGAACCCUGUGAAUUUCCACAGCAGAGAAGAAAGCACAGAUUUGAGACUGUAAAAGAAGUUUGGCAUCAGUUUGCUUCCCGAUGUUAUCAAUUUCUUCAAGCAGUGAAGAAAAUCGUGCUGUCUGAGGAAGCAACUAUCAUACUAGUAUUUCUUUGCCUAAUUCUUCUCUUAAUUUUUAUUUAUUGUUUUAUGAAGGUGCUUAAAAGAGAUAUCUGUAGCUAA